AUGGGUAGAUGGAACUCCACCAGUGUGCCUGGCUUCAUUCUCAUGGGGCUGACAGAUUCUGCAGAGACACAGCUGGUCCUCUCCGUGCUCUUCCUCCUGAUUUACCUGAUCACGGUGCUGGGGAACUUUGGGAUGAUAUUGGUCAUUCGCCUGGAUCCCCAGCUGCACACCCCCAUGUACUUUUUUCUCACUCACCUGUCAUUUCUCGACCUCAGCUACUCAAGUGUCAUCACGCCUAAAACCUUGCAGAACUUACUGACUUUCAACAAGAGCAUCUCCUUCCUGGGCUGCUUCACCCAGAUGUUCUUUUUUAUAGUCUUUGUUGCCACCGAAUGUUUCCUUCUCUCCUCCAUGGCCUAUGACCGCUAUGUAGCUAUCUGCCGCCCCCUGCACUAUCCAGUCAUUAUGUCCAGAAGACUGUGCUGUGCCUUGCUCACUGGCUCCUAUGUUAUUGGUUUUGUUGAUUCUUCUGUGGUUGCAAUUUCCAUGAGCAGACAGCGCUUCUGUGACUCUAAUGUCGUCCAGCACUUUUUCUGUGACUCAUCUCCAAUUUUAGCCCUGUCUUGCAGCGAUACAUAUGAGGUUGAAAUCAUUAUACUUAUUUUUGCUGGCUUCUCCCUAGUAGUGUCCCUCAUCACCAUAUCCGGAUCCUAUCUGUCCAUCCUCUCCACUAUCCUGAAAAUUAAUUCCACUGAAGGAAAGAAAAAAGCCUUCUCCACCUGUGCCUCCCACCUCCUGGGAGUCACUAUCUUUUAUAGCAGUAUGAUAUUUACAUACCUAAAACCAAAGAAGUCCUACUCCUUAGGAAGAGAUCAGGUGGCUUCUGUGUUUUACACGAUUGUGAUCCCCAUGCUGAACCCUCUCAUUUACAGUCUCAGAAACAAAGAGGUAAAGAACGCUGCCCUGAGAGUCCUGCUAAAGAGAGUGGUUUCUAGACAAUUAAAAUAA